GAAAGGUCUUAUAGCCGACUAGUCCCUUUCGGUAAUGCCUAGAAUGUAUGGGCUCCAGAGAGCUUUCAGUCACGUAACGAGGUUAGUCUAAGACAUGUGGUGGUGAAAAGUAACGUUCAGGCUCCUACAAUAUAGUAUCCUCUCAGGGUAUAUCUCCUAUAUAAGAUCAUUCUCCUGAUUGACCCAUCAAGGAUGGAUAGGGACAGGGACAAGAUGGCAGAGAGUAUAAUAAAUCUCACCCUAGAGAUCCUCUUUCGACUUACUGGACAGGAAUACACAGUAGAGAAGAAGACCUCUAGUGAGCACUGUCAGGCCCCUGCGUUUGAAGGACGGGGAGGAAUCCUGGGCCCAAUAUCCAGGCCGACACCUCACAUCCUGAUACAUGAGAAAGUCCACAGAGAGAAGAUCCUAGAGCUCACCAGCAAGAUUAUUGAGCUGCUGACUGGAGAGGUCCCUAUAAGGUGUCAGGAUGUUGCCGUCUAUUUCUCCAUCCAGGAGUGGGAGUAUUUAGAAGGACACAAAGAUCUAUACAAGGAUGUCAUGAUGAAGGAUCACCGCCCCUUCACAUCAUCAGUUAAAGAAGAGAGAACAACACCGGAGAGAUGUCCCAGUCCUCUUCUUCCACAGGAUGGUUCAGAAGAACAUCACAAUGUCCCACAGGAUGAUCAGCUUUUGAACAAUAUUAAGGCUGAAGAUACAUAUGUGAGAAGUGAUGAGCAGAUCAUAGAGGACAUUCCUACAGAUAACCACCCAGGGCUCUUCACUACAGGGGAAGGUGGCGCCCGCGUUCCCACGUGGUCUUGGAAAGGAGAGGCCCCGACCGUGCCCGCACUGUUCGAUCCUCCAGCUGCAGGACUGGGGCUAGCAGAUGACUGUACUGGGAACUCAGAGAAACAUCUGAUAUCCUUAGAUUUUAAAGCAGAUUAUUUUGGUGUCAGAGAAGAUACAUGUGAAGAGCAUGCCAUUAUUCCAGAUGUACCCUCGGCCUUUCACAGCAAAGAUCUAUCAUCUAAACCUUUGGAUAGGUUUCAAUCCUCUGAUUUAUCACAGACUGUUAAGCAGAAUAAAAGACACAGAAGAAGUGUUCAACAUCAAAAAACUCCCACAGGGAAGAAGACCUUUUCAUGCUCAGAAUGUGGAACACAUUUUAACUAUAAAUCAAAACUUGUUAGACAUCAGAGAAUUCACACAGGGGAGAAGCCAUUUUCUUGUUCAGAAUGUGGAAAAAGCUUUCUUCAGAAAUCUGAUCUUAGUAAGCAUCAGAGAAUUCACACAGGGGAGAAGCCGUUUUCAUGCUCAGAAUGUGGAAAAAGUUUUAACCAUAAAUCAAACCUUGUUAAACAUAAGAGAAUUCACACUGGGGAGAAAAAAUUUUCAUGUUCAGAAUGUGGAAAAAGUUAUUACCAGAAAUCGGAUCUUCAUAAGCAUCAUCGAAUUCACACAGGGGAGAAACCAUUUUUAUGUUCAGAAUGUGGUAAAAGUUUCCCCCAGAAAUCAGAUCUUCUUCAGCAUCAGAGAAUACACACAGGGAAGAAACCAUUUUUAUGCUCAGAAUGUGGGAAAAGUUUUCACCGAAAAUCACAUCUUCUUAACCAUCAGAGAAUUCAUAGAGGGGAGAAGCCAUUUUCCUGUUCAGAAUGUGGAAAAUGUUUUAACCAUAAAUCAAAUCUUGUUAAACAUCAGAGAGUUCACACAGGGGAGAAACUAUGUUCAUGUGCAGAAUGUGGGAAAACGUUUCAACAGAGAUUGGAGUUUAGUAGGCAUAAGAGCACUCACACAGGGAGGAAACAAUUUUUAUGCUCAGACUGUGGGAAAUGUUUUCGCCGGAAAUAACCUAUUCCUGAUCAAAGAAUUCACACAGGGGAGAAUCCAUUUUCAUGCUCAGAAUGUGAAAAACAUGUUAUCCAUAAAUCAGAUGUUGUUCUACAUCACAGAAUUCACACAGGGGAGAAGCCAUUUUCCUGUUCAGAAUGUGGUAGACAUUUCACCCAUAAAUCACAUCUUGUUAAACAUGAGAAAAUUUACACAGGGGAGAAGCCAUAUUCAUGUUUAGAA